GGCCUGGAGGAGCGCCGUGGCUUCAGGCGCGCCGCCGCGUUCUGCAGGGUAUCCUUCACUCGGCCCGGCUGGGCCUGGAGACCUGGAGGUCCCGGCAUGCAGUGCGGCCGCAGGGUGGGACGGGAGCCGGAGCUGCCGGAAGCGCCUCCGGCUCUGCGGUUUCUGGGCAUUGUCUGUGGCGAUCGAGGACUCCGUUACACUCGUCCUGAUGGUGUGGGAACCUCCCAUGUUUAACUUGAGCCGCAGGAGCUCUGUCUAGCAGAGAAGAGGUGGCUGAUGAGUCAGUAACACUGAGGGGAGAGCGAAGGAGGUAGUGGCUGGUUCUUCGGGGAUGUGUGUUCCAACUGGUUCUUGAAGAAUCUCUGCUCGAUGUGUGCCUACUUGAAGAAAAAAGAAAAUAAAAUUCGGUUGUGUUGGAGCAAAGGCAAUCCUGGUCGUGGCAGAAGCGUUCGGCAAGUUAAUAGAAGCAUUAAAAAGGUUUUCACAGUUGAGGGCAGCAAAGUAAAGCAGGAUGUCCGUGGAUCCUAUGGCCUAUGAGGCCCAGUUCUUUGGCUUCACACCACAGACUUGCUUGCUGAGGAUCUACAUAGCAUUUCAAGACCACCUGUUUGAAGUGAUGCAGGCUGUUGAACAUGUAAUCCUAAAGAAGCUGGAGGGCGUGCCAGACUCUGAGAUUAGCCCUGUCCAAAUUCGUGAAUGCACAGAGAAGUUCCUUUGCUUCAUGAAAGGACGUUUCGAUAACCUUUUUGGCAGAAUGGAGCAGCUGAUUUUGCAGUCGGUUUUGUGUAUUCCCCCAAACAUCCUGCUUCCUGAAGAUAAGUGUCAGGAGACCCAUCCUUUUAAUGAAGAAAAAUUUCAGCUUCUCAAAAAGGAAAUUGAAGAGUUACAGGAGAAGUAUAAGGUUGAAUUAUGCACUGAGCAGGCCCUUCUUGCAGAAUUAGAGGAGCAAAAAACUGUUAAAGCCAAACUCAAAGAAACCUUGACUUUCUUUGAUGAACUUGAAAACAUUGGCAGAGAUCAUGGAACUAGUAACUUCAGGGAGAGCUUGGUGUCCCUGGUCCAGAACUGUAGAAAACUCCAGAACAUUAGAGACAAUGUAGAAAAACAAAGCAAAAGACUGGAAACACAGUAGCUUCUCGGUAGUGAAAAGAGAGCAUGUAAAUAAGUCACUUUUCUUUGAUUACUCUUACCUUUAAGGUCUUUUGGGGCCACUUCUCCCUCCUGUCCCAGGUUCCACAAAGCAGAUGGGGGGAUCUUCUAGAACUGCGGGCUCCAGUUGAGAUCUCUAAAGCAGAGUUGGUGUUCAUCCGCUUUUCCCCUUCUGAAAUUUGGGUUGACCACCGUUUUAUCUGGUGACACCGCAAGUUCUUCUUUCGGGAUUGCACCUGUUCAUCUGUUAGGGGUUUUAGUAUGAUUUCGGGAGGGAGUGGAACCCUGUGUAAAUCAGGCCUGUAUAUUCAGUCACUGAAUGCUGGAGUGCAGCCAUGUGGUAUAUCAGGGACUAAUAAAGCAGAAAAGCUGGACUGGGGACAUAGCUCAGUGGUAGAGCAUGCUUAGCAUGUGGGUCUCUCAGGGUUGAACAUGCCACACUCUGGAGAGAAGCAAAAGGAGGAGGGAAAAGAACAAAAAAAGCAAAGGGGAAACAAGGAGCAGCAGAGGGGUCAGGGAUAUGAGGUGAAAUAUACUGCAGUAUUAGAAGAGGUGUGCUCUAUUCAUAAUGAAAGAUUCAAGUCCAGCUUACAAGAGAAGGCAUUAGCCACGUGCCUGAAGGAUCAUCCUUGGCAAAGAAAAUAGCAGAAAACCCAUAAGGAAGGACAUGUUAAAGAUACACACAGGUGGAGCAGAUGUACAGUUGGGAAGCAGGCGUUACACUUGUCACAUUCCAUUCCAUUUUUAUUAGACAGACAGACAGGGCCUGAUGAUAUGGGUCAGCAGGUAAAGUACUUGUAGUAUAAGCCUGGUGACCCAGGUUGGAUCCUCAGAACCCUUGCAAAGGUGAAAAGAAAGACUUGAUUCACAACAUUGUACUUUGAGUUCUAAAGGUACACUGUGGCGUGUGCACCCUCACAUUGUGUGUGCAUACACACAUACAUAUACACAAUAAUUCUUUUUCAGAGUAAGCAAAACCUGUGUAUGUUUGUGUGCCAUUAAAAACUAAUUCCUAACCAGGUGGUGGUAGUGCACACCUUUAGUCCCAGCACUUGGGAGGCAGAAAGCAGGCAGAUCUCUGUGAGUUCGAGACCAGCCUGGUCUACAAGAGCUAGUUGUAGGACAGACUCCAAAGCUACACAGGAAAACAAAACAAAAAAACAAAAACCAAACCUGAGUCCUAGCUGGCUGUUGUGCACAUCGUUGAUCCCAGCACUUGGGAGGCAGAGGCAGGUGGAUCUCUUGGGAGUUCAGUCUGGCCUACAUAAAGAGUUCCAGGACAGCCAGGGCUACAUAGAGAGACCCUUUCUCAAAACAAAACAAAACAAAGCCAAAUCUGAUUCAUGACACUUGUUAUAUUGGUAAAAAGACUUUGUUGGGGACUCUUGGAUUAGAUAAAGGAGCCAUUUGCAUCAGGGUUUUGCAUUGGGGGAGUGGUUGGAUUCUGAAUAUAACAAGGAAAAGUUGGAUAUACAGCUAAGGGACAGAAUGGACAAAAGGUUAUCAUUAGAUGGAAAAUGACGAAAGGGGACAAUGGUAGAGUUUGAAUGUGUGCAACAAAAUUCAUGUAUUAAAACUAACUUCCAGAGGCAGGCGGAUCUUUGUGAGUUCGAGGCCAGGCUGGACUGACAGCCUCCAAACAAUACAGAGAAACCCUGUCUCGUAAAAACAAACAAACAAAAAAAACCUAACUUCCUAGUGAUACAGUGUUGAAGUUGAACGUUUAUACUUUGAUUAAUGCCAAGGGAAUGGAGGAGUUUUUGGUAAGUAGGUUUCCAAUGAAAACAUGAGUUCAGACCACUCUGAUUUCACUCUGCAAUGCCUCCACCAUGGGAAGAGACAGCAAGAAGGCAUUUUCCUUAACUUUGGACUUCCUAAUCUCUAUACCUAUAAUAAAUAUUUUCCUGAAGUA